UGAUUAAUAAUUAGGUAAUAAUAAAUAGUGUCCACCAUCAGUACUGAUGACAACGCCAGUAGCACCUCUUCCAAGUCUUCGAGUGUCUUCUCAUUUCAUUCCUAGCCUCAAUCUCAUCCCAAACACAUCCCUGAAAAAUUACCCUCUCCUCAUAUAUCACGAAUGUUUCCCACCGUCGAUAUCAGCUGCUAUUAUCGAGGCCCAUCUGAGGUCCAUCGGCGUCGUCGAGCCCCAGUGGAGGUACACUAUGUACAACACGACACACUUUCAUAGCACCACUCACGAAGUACUAUGCAUCGCAUCUGGUCGCGCGAGGCUAUGUUUCGGUGGAGAAGACAAUCCUGGAAAGGUAGAAACGGAAGUCAAGAUCGGGGAUGUCAUUAUUAUUCCCGCAGGUGUGGGGCACAGGCUCUUGCAAGACUUGGACGGUGGAUUUGAGAUGGUCGGAAGUUACCCCAAGGGAAAUGACUGGGAUCUGUGUUAUGGUAGGGAGGAUGAGAAGGCAAAUAUUGAAGCCAUCAAAGACAUAGCAUGGUUUGACAGAGACCCUGUUUACGGCGACGAAGGACCUGCACUUCAGAUAGUAUAUGGUGGCGUGUAACGGAUCGUACGCCCUGCAUUCUGAAUCGUUUACUAAGCAGGAGAAACGAAAGAAUGAGACAAGUAUCAGCGACCUAAGAAAACCAGUGGGCAAGUGAGAAGCAAAGUGUAGAUUGUAAGUAUGUGGAAAUGAAGACGCAACAAAAUGCAGCACGCCCAUCCGGAAAGUAUAUGAUACAGUAGACUGAACAUUCAAUCACUGGCAGCCUAAUUGCCGCUUGGCUUCCGCUUCUGCCUCGGUAACAACACGUCCCUCCACUUCUUUCUCAACCUCCACGCCAAGCUGAUGUACACGGCCACGGUCCGCGCCUAUGAGCGACACAUAUACACCUUUCUGUAGGACUGGAUAAGAGCCUAUCCGAAUACCCUCAGGCUGUACUCGCUUUUGAAGGUCGGUGAGGAACGGGGCAAUAGACGACUCGGGUAAUCUAGAACCACGAUC